AUGCACCCAGUUGUUAAGGAAGGAGACCACAGCAAGGAGUGUGUCGAUGCUAUGAAUGCAUUGAUGGAAUGUUAUAAAACAAGAAAUGUUGUUAACUUUUUGAAUCCUUGUACGGAUAAGAAAAAGUUAUUGGAUAUUUGUCUUGAUAACGAAUAUGAAACAAGAUAUGCUCAAAAUCAAAAAGAAGCUGAAAAGGUUUAUCCUGCCUUCCAUCAAUUGAAGAAAUUAAGAGAAGAACAAGAAAAGAAGUCCAAAGAAAACAGAAAACUCUCCGCAGAAGAAAAGGCUAAAAUUCUUGAAAGAGAAGGUAACAAGGUUUAA